AUGGCUGAUGUUGACAACACGAAGAAGCUGCAGCAAGUAGAAAACUCUCUUCCGAAAGAGAAAAUGCGCGAAUAUGCGGAAAACGAUGACGACGAUGAUGUCGUUAUGGACGGUAAGAAAUCACCGCAUGCUGAUGCUUCCAGAGGGAAAGAAUCGAUCGAAUCAAAGUUACCAAACAAAGGAAAUAUUCUUCAGUCCAUAAAAAGGCCAGAAAUCGCUACGUUAAAUGGAAAAGUAAGUACAAAUUAUGGGAUUGCUGGGAAGCUUAAUGAGCAAAUUAAUAAUACUGCUGCUGAUCACAAAGCUGAGAAAUCAGAGAGCCAAGCUGUAGAAUCUAUUAAAUAUACAGGUACCACUAGACCGGUUAAUUGCGCAGGUUCAGUAAAGCUUAACGACAGAACACACACAGAUGGCGCUGGCAAGCAGGAAAAAGCAGAUGACAAACUGAAGGAAUCAGUAGAGAAAGUAGUCGAGAACAAAAAUAUCACUGACAAAGCGGACUCGAAUGAAAAAUGUAUCAUGAAAUCAACAAGGACGCAAAAGGACAGAAUUUCUUCAACAGCUCCUGCCGUUAGAGACCACGAAGGAAACAAAUCCGAUAAAGAAUCUCUGAAUAAACAGAAGGAAUUAAGUGUGAAAUGUCCAGAUGGAUCACGCGCAAGUACACCAACCGAGGCGAGUCAGAAUCAGAAAGAUCAAGAAUUGAAAACACCUUCAAAAUCUCUAGAUAGGUCGCGCGAAGUUUCACCAAGAGAAAUGAAUCAACAUAAAACCAAGGAUGAACAGAAAAAACGAAUGAAAAUCAAAACGAACAAGAAUCGAGAGUGCCUUCGAAAUCUUUGGAUAAAUCACGCGCGUGUACAACCAGACAAAUCUCGACUGAGUACGCCGGCAGAAACGAAUGAACUGAAAGUUCAAGAUAAAUCGCCGAACAAAUCCCGAACGAGUACACCUACAGAAACGAAUGAAAAUCAAAACGAACAAGAAUCGAGAGUGCCUUCGAAAUCUUUGGAUAAAUCACGCGCGUGUACAUCGGUGGGAGCGAAUGAAGGUCAGAAAAAAGAAGAAUUAAAAGCGCAAAACGAAACACCUACUAAACUAAGUAAAAAUAGUAAUGAAGAAAAAUUGAAAUUAAGGCAGAGUCCGCUGGAAGAAGUGAACGUCGAUAAAAGGAAGCACGAGUCAAAGGUGAUAGGCAAAGAGUUGGAUGAAUCGCAUGAGAAUAUAUCGACAAUAGUGGAACCUAACCAAGUACCAGAAUCUAAAGAAUCGUCUCAAACAUGUAAACAGUCAAGCGAAGAAAAGGGAUUAGAAAAUUCUGCGAAGAGUAUUUCCACGGCUGAGAAAACUUCUGUCGAAGAGUCAACAAAAUCAGUGAAGAAUGAUGAAAAGGAUAUUAAGGUAAUUUCUGAUGAUUUCGAGAAACCUGCCAUAAAUACUUUGGAGCCGAAGAUAAUUAGCUCGAAUACAAGUUUACCUACCUCUGCAAAAAAAAUAGACCGAUCAUCGAAAUCUCCAGCGUCAUCUGCGAGUCCGGAGAAAUUAACGACAGCAGAAUCAACGUUCUCUUCCCCAAGGUCCCCCGAGGAUAGUAUUAAAGGUUUCGAUAAUGGACAAAUGAGAUCGUUGUCAGUGAAAUCCUCACCGCUACUCAGUCCUCAGUCACCUGUUUCCCCAAAAUCACCGACCGACAACGCGAAAUCCGUAAGCCACGAAAAGAAAAAGACCACAUUUGUCGAAAGUUCGAUCGACAAGGAAGUAGAUUAUGAGAAAAAGACACCUGAUUCGAAAACACCGUGGAAAUCGUCCACGCCUAGAAUUCAAAGAGCACCCACGCCGGCUAAGUUAGAUGAAAAAUCAGAAAGGAAGACCACAACGACGAUGACGACAGGUAUUGAAAAUGGCAAUGCAACGGAUGAAUACUCACAACAUAAUACGAUACCAGCGACGAACGGAGUUGUGGACUCACCAACGAAAUCACCCUCCAUAUCUAAGAAUACGGAUAAAGGAUCAACAGCUGGGUCACCCGUAAAGUCACCAAACAAAUCGAUUAAAUCAUUACCACGAACUCCAGAAACUCCUUCGUCGACAGCUGGUCAAGAGAAGAAAAAAUUGCCUAUGAACAAAGUUCAAGUGGGCGCAGCACCUUCUCCCAACUUAAAAACGGUCCGAUCGAAAAUCGGCUCGCUGGAAAACGCAAGCUACAAACCAGGCGGUGGUAAGGUGAAAAUAGAAAAUAGAAAGCUCGACUUCAGCAAGGCACAACCCAAAAUCGCUGCGAAAAAUGAAAAAUAUGCACCCAGCGGAGGCGACAAAAAGAUCGCUCAAGUUAAGCUCCAAUGGAACGCAAAAUCGAAAAUCGGAUCCUUGGAGAACGCAACGUACAAGCCUGGUGGCGGUGAUAAGAAAAUCGAGACGGUGAAACUCGAUUUUAAGAACAAAGCCAAGCCUAAAGUCGGCUCCAAAGAUAACGCUAAACACGUACCUGGUGGUGGUAGCAUCAAAUCAUCGGCAACGCCUCCUAAGACGCCACAGGGUACGAGCGAUAACAUCCAAACACAAAAAGUCGAAAUCAAAGCUGAGAGUAAAAUCGGAUCUCUGGAUAACGUGAAACAUAAACCCGGUGGUGGCGAAAAAAAGAUUUUCGACGACAGGGACUACCUUCGACAAACUGGUUCCAACGUGGAAAGCCUCAGUGGCAGUGGAUCACAGAGCCCCGUGCCCCCUGGCACGUUCACCGCCAUGAAGAACGAUCAGCCUACUUCGGACGAGAACCUCAACCAAGAAUGUUAGGUCACCAGACUUCGAACGCUAGACUCGCUUUUCGUGUCAUUACGUCUAAUUAAUCAUCCCUAUUUUUCUACCCCAAUGGUUGAAUUUAAGGGGUGCGUUCACCUGUUUAACGGAUCGAAACAGUAUCGGCACAUAUGAGGACGAACGAACGAUAAAAAUUCAUUUGAACAUAACGUUACAGAAUGAACUUGAAUCAGCCAAUCGGUAAAGGUCGAUCGAUUCAAAAUUUAACGACAUUACUGUUUUGGAA